AUGGGUAACUUCCGUUUUCCAAUCAAGACCAAACUUCCGCCAGGAUUCGUCAAUGCUCGUGUAAUCAGAGACAAUUUCAAGCGUCAACAGUUUGCGGAGAAUGAAGUUACACAAAGAGCACUCAAAUACAUUGCUCGUAAUACGACGUUACCAGCAAAGGCAAGACUGGAAGCACAGCUAAGACUCUCGGCCGCACCCAACUACAUGAGACAGACUCAGAUCAAAAACCGUUGUUUCGAAACCGGUAACGCAAGAGCAGUCUUCAGCGAUUUUAGACUCUGCAGAACCCAAUUCCGUGAAAAGGCCAAGCAAGGUGAUUUGCCUGGCGUCAAGAAAGGUAUCUGGUAA